UCAAUGACAUUAAAUCGUUUGUCAACUGAGCGUUGUCUGAAAUCGAUAUUUUCUUUUAAUUUGCUAAAUUUAAAAUGGGACUUUUAUUCUAAAUUCGUAAAGCAAUUCACGCAGAAAAAGCCUUAGGAGCAUUCAUUCUUCUUCAUUUUUUUUUUUAUUUAGAUUCAUUUUCCGUCAGGGUCAAUUCAGUAUUACUAUGGCAAUGCCUCUGUUUUUCACUAUUCCUCUCAUACUGGUCAUAAGUGGUGAAGUCCAUGGCUGUGCUUUCCGUCCAAUGAUGGUGUCACACCACCCGCCGUGUGCAGGUCACGAGGACAGUGCUGCCAUCUGUUCGCUGCCGGUCAAAGCUGGCGACUGCCGGGGCAUGAUCCCUCGCUACUUCUAUAACACGGAGAGGUCAACCUGCAUGGAGUUCAACUACAGCGGCUGCGGCGGCAACGGCAACAACUUCGAGACGCUGCACGACUGCGAGAAAAUGUGCAUCACGGAAAAAGCCGGCGCCGACACUACCAACACCUCAGACUGCAGCUCAGCUCCCGACGGCGGCCUCUGCAUGGCGUACAUGGAGCGCUACGCCUUCAACCCCUCCACCGGCUCCUGCGAAAAGUUCGUCUACGGCGGCUGCGGCGGCAACGGCAACCGCUACAGCAGCGUUGAGGAGUGUGAGGAGCACUGCGGCUCCGGCGAGCACAACAGCACGGGAGAGCCCGGCCUGCAGGAGGCCACCAGCGAGGCCGCUCAGCAGGAGCAGGAUGUCAGCCAGACGGAGCAGCCGGGGGAUAACGACGUGGAGAUGUGCCUGCAACCGAAGGUCAUCGGCCCCUGCCGAGCGUCCGAGAUGCGGUUCUACUUCAACUCCGAGUUUGGAGUCUGCCAGGUGUUCCUCUACGGAGGCUGCGGAGGCAAUGCCAACAACUUUGAGACCAUUGACGAGUGCAUCCGGUUCUGCGAAGAAGACGACGCGUACAAAGUGACCUUUCCACCGCUCCUUUCAUCCGAAAAUGACACCAGUGGAUCCCUCGCCCUAUCUACCGUCAACAUCUCCGAAACUUUGGACUACGACACGAGGGUAUGCGGAGUGACCGAGUGCCCGAUGGACUGCGGUUUUGUGCGCCACGACGGCGACUGCGUGCUGUGCCAGUGCGCGCCCUCGCCGCUCGUCCAGGAGCCCGUGCCGGUGCCAUCUGCCUAAGUCCUCCCCCGCCGAGCCGCGCCGGUCGGCGGAGGGGCAGGGACGGGCGCCACCUGUGCCGCCGCCGUCACAGCGCGCCUCGCCGAGGUCAUCGAGGUCGCCGGAAGGUCGCCGAGGUCGCCGAGGCCGCCGUGACUUGGCGACCACCCGCGACGCGCGCAGGGUGAAUUAUACAUCAUGCAAUCACGUGUCGCAAGCCGAAAGGUUUUUAUUUAUUUAGCGUGUGAGGGGUGAAUAUCGUUUCGUACGCGGUCACUUUUUUGGGUGUGCUAGAGAAUAGCGAAACACGGUUUGAUCA